AAACCAGGGAAGCAAAGUGUAAACAGUCCCACACAGCAGAAGUUAGCUACCUCGCUAAUAACUUGGCAGAUAUCUACUUUUGAACUACUGCGAAUUUUUAAUGGAAACACAUUCGUACCUUCCCGUGCCUCCCGGGGUGGGGAUGGAAGAGAAUUUCUUAUCUCUUGAUGACAUUUUGCUUUCUCACGAGAGGCUACCCAGUCGGACAGAAUGCACAUUUCCCCGACUGGGAUUCCUGGAGAAAUCGAGUGAUUCGCGAGACAUUCAAGAGGGUACGAAGAUGGAGAUGCCUCUGUUCCUGGCAAAGGGUUUGUAUGAGAGGAAGAGGCGUGUUGUCUCAGUGGAGCUGCCUAAGGUCUACAAAGAGGGCUGGAGGACUGUGUUCAACGCAGACCCCACUGUAGUAGACCUUCACAAGAUGGGACCCUAUUACUAUGGCCUCGGCUCCCAGUUGCUGCACUUUGACAGCCCUGAGAAUCCGGAGAUUGCCCAGGCAGUACUUCAGACAUUCAUUGGUCGUUUCCGCCGGACCAUGGAUUCCUCACAGAAUGCCUACAACGAAGACACGUCAGCCCUGGUGGAGCGCUUGGAUUAUCUGGAGAGGGCACUAUUCAGGGCAGGGCAGAGCGGCCUCAACAGCUUCCAGAACUGGGAGAGGGGCCGCGCAUCUACCAUCACUGCCUCUAGCCUGGUGCUCAACUACCGCAAGAGGAAGAUCACUGAUCUGCAGCCGUGAGGGACAUCUCCAAAGAUGCAUCCCAAAUGGCACCAUAUUCUCUAUACAGUGCACUACUUGGGCCCUGGUCAAAAGUAGUGCACUAUAAAGGGAAUAUGGUUCCAUUUGGAACCCAAAGCAACAGGCCAGAAGAGAAAUGACUGAGUUGGAAGGAGAGUAGUGGAGUUGUGUGUGUCAUAAAAGAUAGAAAACUGAUUCCCACAUGAAACUUAGCGUUUUGCUUUUAUGUUAUGGUGUUAUCUUGUGUUUUAUUUUGAGAUCUUUAUACACAUUCUGUACACAAAUGUUUUUCAAAGAUUUGUAAAUAAUUCAAAAAAUAUCUGCUUUAUGUAAUGUAAGUUUGAAUUUUUAUAAAAUUAAAGCUACCGUAGUCUUUGAAUUGGAUGUCAUCCUUAAAGUAAGAAAUGUUGCCGUUUAACAGAAAUGAUUUUUUUGAAAGUAGAGUUGCCUUAUUUUGCGAAUGCAUGUGGCCAUGCAUUUCAUCAGGGAUGAUGAGGCAAAACAACUUUUAAAUGGUUGUGUAAGGAUUAACAGGACUGUAUUACCAUAUUAUCUAGCUCUGCAUGCAUAAUGAAUGUAUUACCAUAUUAUCUAGCUCUGCAUGCAUAAUGAAUGUAUUACCAUAUUAUCUAGCUCUGCAUGCAUAAUGAAUGUAACCUACCCUUUCUUCAUAAAUGUCAUUACUACAACAACAACUUAAUGAAUAUAUGCCAGAACUGAUUUACCGCACAUCUAUUUAGUCUGUUUGAAAACCAUCUACAGUACAUCAUCAUAUGCUGUCUUCAUAACCAAGUGGGAACGUGGUAUUUAUCACACGACUGGGAAAAAUCCACUGGAACGCCCCACCAACGGUUAGUUAUUUAACUAGGCAAGUCUAUUAAGAACAAAUUCUUAUUUACAAUGAUGGCCUACCAAAAGGCCUCCUAUGGGUGCUGGGUUUAAAAAUAUAGGACAAAACACCAAUCACAACAGGAAAAUAAUUACUGGUGGGAAACGAUCAUCCAUGAGCUCAGGCUUCUUCCACACGCUAAGUAAAUGACAUCUAACAGCGUUUCGUUAGUUAAAUGCAAAAACAUUUUUUAAUAAAAAGCAAUC